GUCUUGCACUUGAACUGGUCGGUCGUCUAGGUUCUUGUGUUCGUACUGGUCAGUUGUAAGUUUCUUCGUUAAGGUGUCGUGUUGGUUUCUAACCUAUUGCAUUAGGUGCAAAGUUACAAGUUUUAUAUUUUUGAGUUUAUAAAGUGUAUCAACAAAAAAUAUAUUUGCCAAAAUGCCUAAGAGAUCGGCUAAAGCUGCUUGGAAUAAUCGUGGUGGACGAGUAAAUAAUACUGAGGAAAAACAUUACUUUGGGCACGAUGAUAGACACUUGAGACGGGAUGGAAGAUAUGCUUCCCGACCUCGUGUUUCAUUCAAACAACAACCAAGGCCAUCUAGAAAUAUGAGAGUAGUGAGAGAUUUAUUUCUAGAUGCUCUUAUUGACGAAGAUAUUCCGAUGGGAGGCAAUUCUAACAACAAUAAUAAUAAUAAUAAUAACAACAAUAAUAGACAAGUUGUUGUUAGAGGUAGAGGCCGUGGGUUAUCUAGGGGAAGAAACAGCCCUUUACCACCUCGUGGUUUCCGAGGUGGCUUAGUUCCUAGACAACCACUUUCCCUUGGUGAAGCUAAUUGGUAUAAAAUCAUGGUGCCAUAUGGACAACAGUAUACAAAAGAUUACAUAAUAAAUAAUCUUUUGAGUUAUAUUGCUCCUGAGACUUUCGUUCCCAUUAUGUACAAGACUAUGGGAUCCGAAGCUGUUUUUUAUGUUGAUGAUCAUAAAACUGCAAGUGCACUUCUUGCCUGUGAUCGAAAAAUAACAACCACUGAUGGUUUUAAACUACAAGUUAGAGUUAAACCAGGCUUUCCACAUUGUGAAAUUAAUGAUAAAUUAAAAGAACAAAUGAAGCAAGCUAUGGUUAAACGAUAUGUUCAAGAAAACAACGCAUUAGACUUAUCUAAAUUUCAUCAAGAUCCUGAUCUUGUUUCUGAUUAUUUCUGCGCAUUAUUUCGUCCAGUUAUGUUAAUGACUGUAUUGGAUAUUGUCGCAGAAUAUAUCCCUAAUUUGGAAGCUUUAAAUUUGGACGGAAACAAAUUGAACUUAAUUGAAAAACUCAACGUACUUCAUAAAAAGUUUCCCAAAUUGAAAAUAUUGUACAUAGGCGAUAAUAAGAUAAGAGAAAUAAAUCAUUUAGACUUUGUCAAGGAUCUUAAACUAGAAGAAUUAAAAUUAGCUGGUAAUCCUGUAUGCAACAAGUAUAAAUCCCGACAGAGUGACUAUAUUAGCGAUGUGCGGAGAAGAUUCCCCAAACUUCUACGACUGGACGGAAUAGAACUACCACGUCCAAUCUUAUUUGAUGUUAUGGAUGAUGCAUCAAAAAUGCCUUCCAGCCAACGCAUAUUUACUUCAAAUGCUAAAGCUCAAGAAAUAGCCAGUCAAUUUUUGCAACAAUACUUUAUGGUUUACGAUAGUGGCAAUCGUCAACCAUUAUUAGAUGCUUAUGAUGAACAUGCAUCCUUCAGUUUGACUGUGAAUACUAAUUCCCAUCAUGCUAACAAAUUGAACUCUUAUACUGGAGAAAAUAGAAAUUUAUUUAGAAUAAAUGAUGCUAAUAGAAGGCAAAAAUUAUUAAAACAAGGCAAAUUGCCUGUAGUAUCAUUUAUCUCUGAAAUGCCACAAACUAAACACGUUUUAAGCACAUUUACGAUGGACGUCAAUCUAGUUACUGAAAGACUGAUGUUUGUUACAGUAACUGGACUGUUCAAAGAGCUAACUAAAGAAGAACACGUUCGUUACUUCAAUAGAACUUUUAUUAUAGUACCACAAGGUAGUGGAUACUGUAUUUGUAAUGAACAAUUACAUAUCAGUAACACAACCGAAUCACAACGAAAGCUCUUAUUGAACAAUACUGAAAAAGAAUCAAUAUCAGAAGAACCAAUGGCUGAAGAGCCAAUGUCUGAAGAACCAUCAGUAUCAUCAAAACCAUCAAACUCAACUGCUGGUGGAGAAACAGUUCCGGGAUUGUCGGAAACUGUGAAGCAACAAAUGAUUGUAACAUUGAGCCAACAAACUAAUAUGAAUCUGGAAUGGAGUUUAAAAUGUUUACAAGAAGUUCAAUGGAACUAUGACAAUGCUUUAUCCGCAUUUCAAGAAUUCUUUAAACGUGGUCAAAUACCAUCAGAAGCAUUCAUAGAUUUUCGUUUCCACCAUUGUUUAAUACCACGUCCAAGUAAAAAAGCACCUAAUCUCAAAAUUGGACGUAAAAUGACAGCAAAAAUUGGUGGUACGUAUAAUUUAGAUGUUGUAUGAAAAUCACAUAUCUUUUGAUAAUUAAUAUUUUUGAAUUGUUUCAAAGAUACCUCUGUACGUAAUGUACAAAUUUUAGAAUACCUGCUAGAU